AUGGUGGCCUCAUCAUACCUUCUUCUGCCGCUCUAUCUGGCAUAUGUCCCCUCGGCCACGGCAUGGGUUUUUAGCUGGACAAACUCCACAGGGGGUUUACUGAUCGAUCACGGGAAUGCAGUUCAGUCCUGCAAGGCAAUCGAUAAUCCCAAGGGAAACAUCAUCGAUUGGGACGCCAAGGGUGGAAACUUUUGCAUUUAUCUCUACAACAACGGAAACUGCUCCGAUCCAUCCUCCGGGUAUACCUGCAAAGCGUGGCCCUGGAGCAACCAUGUCGCAGGGUCAUAUAUCCAUUCGUACGAGAUCGUACUGAACAAUACCGAUACUGCAUCUACCGCAUCAUCAGCUUCUUCCACAUCAACAACCUCAACCUCCACGACGAGUAGUUCCACUCUGACAUCGGCCAGCGCUGCUGCUACCACUGCUGCAACGAAUACUAGCUCAGCCACCACGACGCCAAUCGCCGUAAACACCAACACCAACACUAGCAAGAGCUCCUCACUCUCUGGAGGUGCUAUCGCGGGAGUAAUCGUCGGCGUCCUGGCUGCUCUCGCGAUUGCGGGUAUUUUAUUCUUCUUCUUGUGCUGGCGACCACGCAAGAAGACACAACCCUCGACCAUUUCAGAGCGACCGAUCCCACCCAUGUCGGAACUGGGUCAAUACGAUUAUAAGCCUUCUUCGCCUACUCUGAGCUCUCCCACUUCUCAUGGACAGGGCUCAGAUGUGUACCAGGGACAGAAGCUACGUGAAUUGCCCGGGUCUGGUGUCGCCAUGGAGAUGGGUACUGGUGUUAUGAGGGCCGAACUUGAUGGUUCGACGACUUGGAAGAAUUGA